GCAGUUUCAAGGGAACCCAAACUGGGCGUUUCUGUGUGGCAACUCCCACGAAAAGUUUCUGCGAAACGGCGUCAACCUCCGAAUUUUUUUUAUACCGAGGACUAAACGGCAAGAAAAUCCUCCUCCAUGAACACUAAACCACGGCCUGGAAUUCGUCCUUUUGUCGUUUUGCGUUCCCUUUAUAGCCUUUCGCAUGGAAAGUAUCCAACCGUCGUGGUCGACUUGUUUACCAGUCGUGUUUUCCAGACAACGGCGCCAAGUUAAUGUCGCUGGCUUGGAAUGUCUCCAAACGCUACAUAGUUGAAUAUUUUGUGCUUCAUUUAAUUUAUAAGUUCAAUGCGUUAACUUUGUCUCGGGGGUAAGUUUGUUACGAGCUACUUUUUUUUUUUUUUUUUUUUUUACAAGGGACCGUCGUCAAAGUCGCGGGCGCUCCACGCUUUCGCCAUUCCCUUACUGCGCCACUUGAAGUGGAAUGGGACGCCUUGAAACCUCCGUGUUUAGCUCUUGAAACUGCGUGGGGGCGUCCAGCGGCUCCAUAUUGAAUCAAAGUUGCCAACUCCGGUGACAACAAUGCUGUAAAAGUUCGGGGUGUUCGUGUAAAUGGGGGAGCUGUGACGGCGUACGAGUGGGCGAACUUUCCCCCCCCCCCCCACACACCCCUGCAAAGUUGCACUAGUCUGCGCCACGAUCCACGAGUUUUGACGGCGGGAGCGAGAAGUGGACGUGAUGGACGACCCGUCCUCGGUCAUCACGCAGGUCAGCCGGGACGAAGAGGCGAAUAAAGCCGCGGAAAGAGGAGAUAGAGGUUCCACACCCUCGUUGUCCACCAAGAAGCCCCGAAGUGGUGGCUUAUUUUCCAUCUUUUCCUGCUGCCUGUGCCGAGACCAGCAAGAACCUCCGCCGGUGAACAACAACGCCCCCCUGCUAGUCGAGGAGAAUGGCACCGUUUCCAAGGUGAAACCGCUCCUGCCACCAGUCAAGUCCAAAGACUCUGGAAAGGUCUGCGUGGUUAUCGACCUGGAUGAGACGCUAGUUCACAGCUCUUUUAAGCCUGUGAACAACGCAGAUUUCAUAAUUCCCGUGGAAAUAGAUGGAACCGUACACCAGGUGUAUGUGCUGAAGCGACCUCAUGUAGACGAGUUCUUAAAGAGGAUGGGAGAAAUGUUCGAGUGUGUCCUGUUCACUGCCAGUUUAGCCAAGUAUGCCGACCCGGUCUCUGACCUCCUGGACAAGUGGGGAGCCUUCCGCUGUCGCCUUUUUCGGGAGUCCUGCGUCUUCCACCGAGGAAAUUACGUCAAGGAUUUAAGUCGCCUGGGUCGCGACCUAAACAAAGUCAUCAUUGUAGACAACUCCCCUGCCUCUUACAUCUUCCAUCCUGACAACGCCGUGCCCGUGGCCUCGUGGUUCGACGACAUGUCCGACACCGAGCUGCUGGACCUCAUCCCUUUCUUCGAGCGCCUAAGCAAAGUGGACAACGUCUACACUGUCCUCAAGCACCAAGGGGCCACAAGCUAACAGAAUUUUUUUUUUAUUUUUUAAAAUACACAUCCGAACAAAACCAGCAUGUAAAUCUGACACAAUCAAAUUCACAUCAGUGAGGGUUUCCACCCUAGACUGAGACUCUUCCCAUGCCAGGAAGUCUUCCAUGUUGUUGGCGCCGCCACCUCCUGGUCGAGCAGGAAACUGCUCUACAUUAGCCUUCCUCGUUCCUCAGCUCAGGAAGCGACACCUGCGUGGAUUUUUAAGGACGUUUUUUUUUUUUGCCCUUUCGUAGGGCAAUUCUAAGGACUCGGCAUCCAGAAUGUGCCUUUUUUAAACUUUGCUACAACAACAAAUAUUUUAGCUACACCUGCCGUGCCACAGAGGUCAAAUGUCACACUUGCUGUAAACUCAAGUUGCGUUGCGUUCGACGGGCUCACUUCCACCUUUUGAGUGAAAAACUUGGAAUUCUUAAGAGGAGCAUAGGAAGUGCGGAACUAAGUACGUCGUCCUCUUUCUCUUUUAUUCCGAAACGGUACACAUAGGCUGGAAACUCACGCAAAGGGUGCAAAGUGUGUCUCUAUUUAAAGCAACAAUCCACUCUAAAAACCCCCCUGGAUUCAUUUUGUUGAUGGUUUUAAGCCAGUGGUUCUUAACCUUGUUGGAGGUACCGAACCCCACCAGUUUCAUAUGCGCAUUCACCCAACCCUUCUUUAGUGAAAAAUAAAAUGUUUAGUUUUUUUUCAAAUUCAAGGCAAAGUUAUAUUUUUUUGGUAACACUUUAGUAUGGGAAACAUAUUCUAAGUAACAAAGACUUAAUUUAAAGUUAUUUGGACACUAGGGGAACAUAUUCUAAGAAAUAAAGACUUAAUUUAAAGUUAUUUGGACACUAGGGGAACAUAUUCUAAGUAACAAAGACUUAAUUUAAAGUUAUUUGGACACCAGGGGAACAUAUUCUAAGUAAUAAAGACUUCAUUUAGAGUUAUUUGGUUAGGGUUAGAGGGUUAGAAUAAGGCCAUGCCGAAUAAAGCAUUAAUAAGUACUUAAUAAUGACUAGUUAAAGGCCUACUGAAAUGAAUUUUUUUUUAUUUAAACGGGGAUAGCAGAUCCAUUCUAUGUGUCGUACUUGAUCAUUUCGCGAUAUUGCCAUAUUUUUGCUGAAAGGAUUUAGUAGAGAACAUCGACGAUAAGAGUUCGCAACUUUUGGUCAUUGAUAAAAAAAAAAGCCUUGCCUGUACCGGAAGUAGCGUGACGUCACAGGUUGAAGGGCUCCUCACAUUUCCCCAUUGUUUACACCAGCAGCGAGAGCGUUUCGGACCGAGAAAGCGACGAUUAACCCCAUUAAUUUGAGCCAGGAUGAAAGAUUCGUGGAUGAGGAACGUGAGAGUGAAGGACUAGAGAGGCAGUGCGGGACGUAUCUUUUUUCGCUCUGACCGUAACUUAGGUACAAGCUGGCUCAUUGGAUUCCACACUCUCUCCUUUUUCUACUGUGGAUCACGGAUUUGUAUUUUAAACCACCUGGGAUACUAUAUCCUCUUGAAAAUGAGAGUCGAGAAUGUGAAAUGGACAUUCACAGUGACUUUUAUCUCCACGACAAUACAUCGGCGAAGCACUUUAGCUACGGAGCUAACAUGAUAGCAUCGGGCUUAACUGCAGAUAGAAACAAAAGAAAUAAACCCCCGACUGGAAAGAUGGACAGAAGAUCAACAAUACUAUUAAACCAUGUACAUGUAACUACACGGUUAAUGCUUUCCAGCCUGGCGAAGCUUAACAAUGCUGUUGCUAACGACGCCAUUGAAGCUAACUUAGCAACGGGACCUCACAGAGCUAUGCUAAAAACAUUAGCUAUCCACCUACGCCAGCCAGCCCUCAUCCGCUCAUCAACACCCGUGCUCACCUGCGUUCCAGCGUUCGACGGCGCGACGAAGGACUUCACCCGAUCAUCGACGCGGUCGGCGGCUAGCGUCGGAUAGCGCGUCUGCCAUCCAACUCAAAGUCCUCCUGUUUGUGUUGCUGCAGCCAGCCGCUAAUACACCGAUCCCACCUACAGCUUUCUUCUUUGCAGUCUCCAUUGUUCAUUAAACAAAUUGCAACAGAUUCACCAACACAGAUGUCCAGAAUACUGUGGAAUUAUGAGAUGAAAACAGAGCUUUUUGUAUUGGGAUACAAUGUGUCCGAAUACUUCCGUUUCAACCAUCGACGUCACGCGCAUACGCCAUCAUUCAACCGGAAGUUUAGCGGGAAAUUUAAAAUGUCACUUUAUAAGUUAACCCGGCCGUAUUGGCAUGUGUUGCAAUGUUAAGAUUUCAUCAUUGAUAUAUAAACUAUCAGACUGCGUGGUCGCUAGUAGUGGCUUUCAGUAGGCCUUAAAUAAUGACUAGUUAAGAGCCAAUAUGUUACUAAUUUGCAUGUUAAUAAACAACUAAUUAAUGGUGAAGAUGUUCCCCAUACUAAAGUGUUACCAACCGUGCAUGAACAUCACCUUGUUCAAAGAACAACACCAACACAGUGCAUAAACUCACAACAAAUUCACACACCUGCAAAUCAGUGUGACUUCCGCUGUUGCCGAUAGGGAGAAGUUUUUAUUUACACGAUGAGUCGGGUGUGUCUCGACCUCCGCCAAACCCAUUGAGGUUGACUCACCGGACCCCUAGGGUUCGAUCGAACCCAGGUUAAGAACCACUGUUUUAAGCUGGGAUGCAAUUUUAUCUCCGGGGCAAAGUAGGAACACAAAUCGUACUGACUUGUUCUUAAGGUGGAAUUGAACAAUUCCAGAUAUGACGAGCAGUGCGGCCUGGAAAAGACGCUGAAUGACUGGACUGUGCUUUUUGAAGCGACUCCAUUGAGAACAGGCAGGGAUGGAUGAUGAUUCAAACUCGUUUUAUUAUGAUUUAUGACAGUGUUCAUGUUUUAAGAAGAUCCUGGCAAUCAAAAUAUUUUUCCUAAAUAUUUUUUUUCUUCCACUUCUCAAUGCCAUUCCUCAGCUUUUCAGUAUGCAAAUGAUCCAGUCCAAUGCCAGCAGAAGACCGCAGUAAUAGAAUAUUACUGUUAUAGGCACCUAACAGUAAACAUUUUCUAAUUGUGUUUUUCGGGGAGGGUUUUUAAUGACUAUGAAUUUGUCUGACGUCACCACAGGGCUGCUACUGUACCUCACGUGUUCAGUAGAUUUGUGUUUUGCACAGCAACAAAGCAAACUUGCCAUUAAUAUAGCAUUUAGUAUUUGAUACCUGCUGAUAUUGUAUAGCCACUUAUACAUAACAUACAUAGUUAUUUUACGGCAGGAUUAUUUAACAGAAAAACACCCAAAUAAAGGUUAUGAAAUCAUUUGUAUUUCAUUGAG